AUGGAGGAAGAGGACCCUGCGGUCAAAAGUCAAUAUGGCAUACACAGCUACACAAGUACUACUGCAGGCGCGGCAACGACCCACCGCAUUCCAUCAAGACUCGCAGGCGAUAUUGUAAAGGAAGGAUUACCUCCGGGUACAGUUGUGGGGAUGUUGAGCAGUAAUGAUUCUCAGAAAGGUCAAAACAUGAUUUAUUUUGUUGAAACUUAUACAUCAUUAUUCCGUUGCAAAGGUUCAGCAUUAGAAACAACAGUAAUGCUCACGUGGAAGCCACGUGAACGAAACUUGUACCCAGUGCGAAUCAGAGCUCGAGACAACGGUUCCCCACCAAUGUGGACAGAAAAAGUAUUCAACAUCAGCGUGAAAAAUGUUAAUGACCUCCCACGUAGUAUUGAGAUUUCCAAGAAUUGGGUGUACGAAAACGCAAGUUCAGGCACAGUUGUGGGGGAGCUAACUGGCAUUGACGAUGAUUUAGGAGAAUAUAGAACUUCGAAUUUCUCUUGGAAAUUAUUAGAGGAUAAAACUGGAAAUUUUAUCAUCACUCAUAACAAAGUCGCUGUGCGGAAAGAACUGAAUUAUGAUACCAUACAAUUAUGCUAUAUUAAGGUAGCUUGCUCUGAUCAGUUGUCAGGAACGGGGACAGAAGAAAUACCGAUUUAUAUUAUUAAUCUUAUUGACCCACCAACAUUAGAUUUACGAGGUCAUAGAAUUGCAGAGAAUUCUAAAUACGGUACAGUGAUCACACAGAUAACAUCAAGAUCAGAAAGCAGCGAGAAUCUGCACUUCAUGAUCAGCGAAUCUAGCCCAAAGUCAAGCUCUAAGUUAGGUCUUAGUUCCCCCACGAUGUGCGAGCGUCACAGGAACGCCACUAAGUUUAAUAUUACUUGCCACACGAAUAUAACGGUCAACGGAGAACUGGACUAUGAGGAGACUAGUGAUUACACGUUGCAGAUUUAUGUCAGAAAUAAUGACAGCAGUAAUUUCAUAAAGUGGAAUAUUAGCGUUGGGAAUGUGAACGAAAAGCCUGAAAAAUUGGAAGUAAAUAAAGAAGUGGAAGUACCGGAAGAUAUCCCGAGUGGAAUUGACAUCGCUUUUUUUAUGAUCUCUGAUCCAGACAACAGGAACGAGAGAGCCCAGAAUCAUGUGUGUCAUAUUGUCAAUAGCGCUGGACAAGGACAGUAUUUUCUGAUCAAUAAGAAAAGAAAUUCUUUACAAGUUCGAGAAAAUAAAUCAUUGAAUUAUGAAAUGCAACAAUCCUAUCUCGUGACUGUACAGUGUACUGACAGUGGAACUCCUCCACUAAGCAUAGAGAAAAACUUUACAAUCAAUGUGACAGACACAGAUGAACCAAUAGAGACCAUGACUCUUUCCAACAACAAAGUGAAAGAAAACGUAAAGAUUGGUGAAACAAUUGGAAUAUUGGAUGCUUACGAUCCUGACAUACAUCUUCCAAUGACAAGGACAUUUUCACUCGUUGAUACUCAACACCCAGCAUUCGCAUUACGAGGAAAUGACAAUGAACAAUUGACUGUGAAUGGAACAUUAAAUUUUGAAAAGGAUCCAGACUAUUAUAUUACGAUCAGAGUCACAGAUGCCAAAGAACGGACUCUACAAGUGGCGUUUAUCAUCCAUGUCGAAGACGAGCCAGAAGCGCCAACAGACAUCGAGCUCUACAGAGAUUUUAUGGAUGAAAACCAAGUUCCUGGCUCAUUCAUAAGCAAUAUCACAGUGAUAGACGAAGAUCAGAACACUGUCACAGUCUGUACUUUAAUGAAUGACGGAGGAAGAAGAGUGACUUUGAACGAAACAAAUUUGCUGGCGGGAGAGACAAAUGCAGAUUAUGAACAGGAUUUAUCACAUAUGUUUACGAUUUCACUUGAGUGCUGUGACCAAACGGAUUUAUGCAUUCAAAAGGACUUUAAUAUUUCCAUAAAGGAUGUCAACGAGCCGCCUACAGAUGUCACGAUUGACAAUCUUCUCGUUUCGGAAAAUGAAAAAGAUAUUCUCAUUGGAAAAGUAACUAUUUUUGAUCCAGACCACAUCUCAGAUAACCACUGUGCUUUAACAACGGACAACAAAACAGAACAACAGUAUUUGGAAAUAUUAAACAAAACACUUCGUUUGAUCAAGGAGCUGGACUUUGAGGAAAAACAAACGAUGAUGUUUACUAUCGUUUGCACAGAUAAUAAUAACUCAACAUCUUUUACAAAACAAUUUGAUUUAACCGUCAGGGAUGUCAAUGAGGCCCCAAACUCAGGAUGUGAAAAUCCUUUGUUUGUUUCACCUGGAACAUCCUUUGGUACUGUUAUUGGUAGCCUCAAUGUAACCGAUCCUGAUAAUGAAAAUACCAAAGAUAUCUGUCGCCCAAAACAGAGACUAACAUAUACAUUAAUUUCUGAAAAUAUACCAUUCAAAAUAGUAGAUGGCUAUUUGUUUAAAAGCGGCCAUGUUGACAUUAAUACAACAUACACCAUUCAGAUUUUCAUUGAAGACGAUGGAGAAAUAUUGGCAAACGAUUUAACUAGAAUAAAGGGGAAAAAGAGAUCAACUAUUUUCAACUGCACUGUCAUUUCUCGUCCGUUGAUUGGCCCGCAGAUUAUGCUAUCAUCCAAUGAGAUUCAAGCAGGUUCUCGAAAUGCUACCAUAAUUGGAUAUUUGGAAAUGCAUGUCAAAGAAACACACAUCAUGGAAUAUAAACUAAUGAAAGACGAAUGUAAAAGUUAUCCGUUUGUUAUCGAGGGUAAUAAACUGAUGUUAAUGUUAUCUGAAACGAUGUCAUAUGAGAGGUACAUUAUUCCAGAGUAUGUUUUGGUGAUGGUUAGAGCAAAAGAUAGCAACUCAUCUGGUUAUGUCACGGAUACGCAGUUUGCAAUAUCUAUCAAAGACGAUGUUGAAGAACACAAGCUGAUAUGUUUCUCAAGCGAUCCUGUACGACUUUCCGACAUUGCCACUACUAAACUAGGUCCAGUUAUCAUUUAUCAUGGCAACAACACAAAUUUCGUUUGCCCCUCGAAAGACCAUUUCUCAUCACCACCGGAUGUAUAUGAAUGCGAAGUGAAACUAAACAUGACUGCAAGUUCCAAAGAUUUCAUCAACGUCAACUUUACGAAUGCACUUUCAAUCGACAAAGACAUGUUCCUAUGGGUUAGGAUAUCCGUCAGCGAAGAAGUAAAAGGCUUAGAUAAGCUUGCGUUGGAUCUACGUUGCUUCAAACCAGAUCGUCUGUUUUCAUUCGUGGAAGGAAGUAUCGAAGUGGGAAUAGCUUUUGAAGGAGUGUGUGAAAACGAUAUUCAACCACGAAAUGAGAGUUUAUGUAAAGAUAAUAAAACAUGCCAUGAUGACUCGCUGUGUACGAAAGUUGUAAACGCUGAGCAAAGAUGUGUGGCGAACGAGGACCAGUUGCUUGUAUUAUUAACUGCGACCCCAGAUAUAGCAUUGCUUUGUGAAUUUGAAACUUGCCUUCAGGAAACACUUCAUGAUCCUGAAAAUGUCUGUUUAUCGGGUUGGAAUAGUACAGAAAAUAAAGGAAGAGAGAAGCGAGCGUCGGACAAUCCCUUCUACAUUGACACGUUGAAUAUCGCUCAUCUAGCAACACAAAAGAAGAUCAUUUUAAGCAUCGCUGUUUGGAAAACAAACGAUAACGGCGAACUUAAACUCGUGCCAAGACGUUCACUGCCACGACUUAAAAAUACUGGCAACGUCAGGUUUAUCUCCACUGAAGAUAAAUGCAAAUUGUUGGAGAUUGAACGUAAAGAAUGCGUCACAAGUCGUGAAGAAAAUCUUGGUAAGAGAACAUCGACGCCUUUGGAUCGAACGAUGCAAGUAGCCGUGGGGACAGGUUCAGCCAUAAUUUUGACUGUUAUCUUGAUUGUCUUCGUACAUUGUUGCAGAAAACAACGACGGCGGGCAAAGGACAAACGGAACGAGAAUCUUGAAAAUAGGGUGAAUCCGGCGUUUGACAACAUGGAGUUACCAGCAAUACCAGAAGAGGAUGGUAACGACGAGAACAGCAAAAAGACGGACGAAGGAAAAUAUUCCUUUCAGAAUCCUGGCUUUGUGCCACCUUCACAAACAGAGUCAAAUGGCAGCAUGAAUAUUUACGAGGCAAGCUCGUCUAUGGCUACUGGAACUUAUGAGAGGCCAGAACAAGAGGUGUUCAAAAAUGACGGCAAAUCUAAACUGGCAGAGUCAUUUUCGAGUCCUUUAUACGCAGCAAAUGAUGUUAUCCCGGUCCAGAAUCCUCAAGAAAAUACUUCUGAAGAACGUUACGCAUCUGUAAAUCUUUCCAAAAAUGAGAAGACAUCAACAGAAGCAACAGAGUCAGGAUAUGAGACAAUACCUUGUUUACAAGAAAAGAAAGUUGAAAAGAAAGUUGAAAAGAAAGGAUGGUUUAGAUUCUCUUCAAAAAAACGCAGUAAUGAUCAAGAUGCUGGCCAAAACAAAAAAAUGGCAGAUAAUUAUGCACGUGUAAAUAAAAACAAUCAAGUUUGGGAGAUGGAAGUGAAAAAUGAUGAGUCACAUUAUGAGACAGUGACUUUACCUGAUGACACUGAAAUAGAAAGAUGGAAACUUUCGCUUGCUCAAAGAAAAUCAAGCAAUGGUGAAGAACAAAUUAAGAACAAGGAAAUGCAAAAUAAUACAGAAGUAAGUGGAAAAAUAUCGGACAGAAAGGAAGGUAAACAUGCAUAUGAGGAUGUUCCAGCCAUCCAGGAAGAGAGUAAAAGAAAGGGUUUGUUCAGAUUUUCAAAAGCAUUUAAAAACAAUGAUAUUAAAGAUCCGAAAAAGGAAAAUAAAAUGGAUCGUAAAAACAGUACAAACUCUCAGAGUGCAGUGUGUGCCAGUCAAAAUGAAAUGUUGAAUCCAAGAGAUAAAGUUAAACAAGAUGAUCCAGCCAAUAAGUAUCCUUAUUAUGCAGAGGUGCUCACAAGAAAAGACAGUGAAAAAAAGGAGUCAUCUGUAGUGCAAGGACAUAACCAAAGUACCCAAAAAGGGGAUGAGAAAGCACCAUAUUAUCAUGUUCUUGAAGAAAAUAGUGAGGGUGCAAAAUCAGACAAUAAAGAUGGUGAACAAAAUUCCCAUCCUUACUUUAUACUUGAACAGAGUGACUCAAGCAAAGAGAAAAAGCUAUACCAAUCGUUACACAGAGAACUUGAAUCACCACAGCCAAAACAUGUUUAUGAACGGUACAUACGACCUGAGAAGACAGUUUCAGUUGUUUCAGUAUCGAGCUGUGAAGAAAAUGAGGCCGAUGUGUAAUAACUGGAUGGGGACGUAAUAAUAUAACCCAAUUAUAUUUUUAACGUUCGAUAAUAAAUCGAUAUUAAUUUGGUUUGAAUAUAUUCGGUUUGAAUGAUCAAUUAAUUGAUUUCAGAAAUGUUUAUGUGAACAGUAUAAUGAUUUGUUGUUCCAAUUAAGUUAAUCGUUCUGAACAAAAUAUGGCAAC